UCUGCACUAUGUACCUUUUUUACACUGUGUCAGUCUGGCAGUAUUGAACCUGUUGCUGCAUUAGCCGAGUUGUAUUUUGCUAGAUAGGGGAAGGAGGGUUGUCUGCUGUCUGGUAGGAGGGCUUUGUCUGUGUGUGCCUUUCUCUCUCUCUCCCUCUCUCUCUCUGUCUCAUACUCCCGCUUGCUCUCCCUCUGGCUCUCUCUCUCUCCCUCGCUCUCUCUCCCUUUCCCGUCUCUGUGGUUUGUAAGGUAGGUUGCAGUGUGUGUAUAUACACAACAUCAAGAGCAGGAAAAUGGACUCAUUAGGGAGGCAGGCAGUCAUUACCACUCACACUGUACUUCCAGGGAGACAGCGACUAUGAGGAGACAAACUGAGGACUGGGGAACAAGGGUUUACCGCUCCAACCCUGCAGCACAGAGAAACUGACGGUCGACCAAAGUGAAACUGACUUCAUUGAUCUGACCGUCUGGCCCAAGAAAACCCAAACAGCAUAAAAACGAAGUGUUAGGAGCUGCUCUUAACUCUUUUGGAGUCCGAAGUCGAAAGAGAAGUAAACUACAGAUUGCUUUGAAGGGGGAUGGGAGACAGGACAAGAGAUCCAGUGGGCAGAUACUUGUGCGGACUGGAAGGGGCCUCCUGGGCCAUUGAGGUUGGACCACUGUGUUCCCAAGCAAUUGUUACCUGAAAGAAUCCUCAACAUCAGCAGUCCAAAUCUUCAUCUAUAACUACAGAGCAUAAUAUAUAAAAUACCAGUAUUUGGUAUUUGCUGCUCCGCCUGUAACUUGCACUCCUCUCUCCACCAGACAGGCAGAUCUGUUACCUCCUUGUCUUAGUGAACUUCAGGAUAACCUGUCUGGCUCAGAUGUUUUUUUCAAGUGUUUUACUGAAGGAGAAUGGAAGGAUAUAAAGGGAACUAGAGGGCUUGAGACCUCUUUUAUGUCCUGCAUUGACUCUGACCACAGUCCUUCUGUGCUCUCACAAGUGGAGCUCAGCCCUGCUUUCCUUCCUGUUGAUUCCCAGUCAGCUGCAUGACUGCCUGAAGUUACAUUUUAGAUGCUGAAAUCACUGCACCUUAAAAACAAAAAGAUUAAGCUGCACUGCAUUCCUCUUCUGCUGUGUCAUGGUCAUUUCCAAAUUGGUGGAGCCCAGCAAGUUCAUGUGAAACAGAGGAGCCUGUAGGAGGAAAAUAAAGCAGGCUGAGCUGACUCGCUGCUGUUGACUCCAUGACCUGCUUUCCAUUUCAACCUCCACCUGCUCAAAAAGUUUAGUAGCUGGCAGUCUCCCCUGGGCUUGAUGUCUAAGCAGUGGACCAAUAAAAAGCAAAACAAAAGAUCCUUGAGAUCAAUUUGCGGUCUUCUCCUGAAGGUACCUCUCCAGUCUGUCACAUGAGAAAACUGAGGCACAGAGCUUUGGAGUGACUUGUCUUAAAUUCACACAGCAAGUCAGUGGAAGAGCCAGGAAGACAACUUGGGAAUCCUGGAUCCCAGUCCUGUGCUCUAACCACUCGGCCACACCGCGGCUCCAGAUAAUUGCAGUUUUACUCCACUGGGGACUGGAAUCAGACAUCAGAUUGGAGAAUAGAUGAGUUAACACCUGUUCUGAAGGUGAAAGUCCUUGACUGAGAACAUGAAGUACAGACGCAGCCUCUCUCUGUUCCCUGCCCCAAUGAACGUCUGCACUAGAUCCAAGGCUUGGAGUGACUUACCUGAAGAGUGACACCAUUCAGAAACCACUGAAGAAACCCAAGACAGCUGAAAACCAGAAGGCGUCUGAGGAGAAUGAGAUUACUCAGACGGGUGCAUGCAGAGCCAAGCCGGGCCUUCCCUGCCUGAACCUUGAAGCUGCUCUGCCUCUGAGCCCAGCCCUCAUCCACUCAUCACAUUCACCAACCAACCUGCACGCACACACAGGGUCAUCUGAUUUAGCUUUUGUCGUUUUCCUGGCCUCUCAUUAUUAUGAACUUUCUUCAUUUGGACUUCCAAGUAGUGUUAAGAUGACGUUGUUGCCAUGAUGGUCCAGGAGAUAUGCAAGAAGCCAGAAUUCCUGUGGGUCAUAUGUUUCAUUGAACCAACUGCAUGAUUGGGAUAGACCAAGGCAAGCUUUCAGGUAACAUCAGUUGCAAGGGGAUGACAGAGCGCAUUCACAGCAUCAACCUUCACAACUUCAGCAAUUCAGUGCUCGAGACCCUCAACGAGCAGCGCAACCGUGGCCACUUCUGUGACGUGACGGUCCGCAUCCACGGGAGCAUGUUACGUGCCCACCGCUGCGUGCUGGCAGCCGGCAGCCCCUUCUUCCAGGACAAGCUGCUGCUGGGCUACAGUGACAUUGAAAUCCCCUCGGUGGUGUCAGUCCAGUCCGUACAAAAACUCAUUGACUUCAUGUACAGCGGGGUGCUGCGGGUCUCCCAGUCAGAGGCUCUGCAGAUCCUCACUGCUGCCAGCAUCCUUCAGAUCAAGACUGUGAUUGACGAGUGCACGCGGAUCGUCUCACAAAAUGUGGGUGAAGUCUACCCGGUUAUCCAGGACUCCGGCCAGGAGACACCACGAGGGACACCCGAAUCUGGCACCUCGGGACAGAGCACCGACACAGAGUCUGGCUACCUGCAGAGCCACUCACAGCACAGCGUGGACAGGAUCUACUCUGCGCUCUACGCCUGCUCAAUGCAGAAUGGCAGUGGGGAACGCUCCUUCUACAGCGGAGCAGUGGUUAGCCACCACGAGACAGCCCUGGGGCUGCCCAGGGACCAUCACAUGGAAGACCCGAGCUGGAUUACACGGAUCCAUGAGCGCUCACAGCAGAUGGAGCGGUACCUCUCCACCACUCCAGAGACCACCCACUGCCGCAAGCAACCACGCCCUGUCCGGAUCCAGACCCUGGUGGGCAACAUCCACAUCAAGCAGGAAAUGGAGGACGAUUAUGACUACUACGGCCAGCAAAGGGUGCAGAUCCUGGAGCGCAAUGAGUCUGAGGAAUGCACUGAGGACACUGACCAAGCAGAAGGCACUGAGAGCGAGCCCAAGGGGGAGAGCUUUGACUCGGGAGUCAGUUCCUCCAUUGGCACUGAGCCUGAUUCCGUGGAGCAGCAGUUCAUGGCCGGCCUGGGCCGUGAGGGUAAGCAGGAACCUUCCCAACCAGAGCAAAGUGACGCCCCUGCUGAAGGCACUCAGCCCCAGCAGCAGCAGCAAAUGGAUGCCAACUCCUCCUCUCCAGAGAGAAACAACGACAUUGAGAUGGAUGGCAAAGUGCUUACAGUGAAUAACAGCACCGAAAAGGGGACCUUGCAGCCUUCUGCCAACACAACUGCUGCCCAACAAUUGCCAAGCACCCAGCUCUAUUUACGCCAGACAGAAACCCUCACCAGCAAUCUGAGGAUGCCACUGACUCUGACCAGCAACACUCAGGUCAUUGGCACAGCUGGCAACACCUACCUGCCUGCCCUUUUCACCACACAAUCUGCUGGCAGCGGCCCUAAGCCUUUCCUUUUCAGCCUGCCCCAGCCCUUAGCUGGCCAACAGACACAGUUUGUGACAGUGUCCCAGCCUGGCCUGUCAACCUUUACUGCCCAGCUGCCAGCCCCACAGCCCUUGGCUCCCUCUGCGGGCCACAGCACAGCAGGUGGGCAGGGUGAAAAAAAGCCUUAUGAGUGCACUCUCUGUAACAAGACUUUCACCGCCAAACAGAACUACGUCAAGCACAUGUUUGUACACACAGGUGAGAAACCCCAUCAGUGCAGCAUCUGUUGGCGCUCCUUCUCCUUAAAGGAUUACCUAAUCAAACACAUGGUGACACACACCGGCGUGAGAGCAUACCAGUGCAGCAUCUGCAACAAACGCUUCACCCAGAAGAGCUCACUCAAUGUGCACAUGCGCCUCCACCGUGGGGAAAAAUCCUACGAGUGUUACAUCUGCAAGAAGAAGUUCUCCCACAAGACCCUGCUGGAGAGGCACGUGGCUCUUCACAGUGCCACCAACGGCACACCCGGCACCACAGGCACCGGCACAAGGGCCGUCCCUGCCGGGGUGGUGGCCUGCACGGAGGGGACCACAUACGUGUGCUCCGUCUGUCCAGCUAAGUUUGACCAAAUCGAGCAUUUCAACGACCACAUGAGGAUGCAUGUGUCUGACGGAUAAGUAGAAUCUCUCUCUUUAUUAUGAACAAACAAACAAAAAAGUAGAAACAACAACAACAACAAAAGCUAUGGCACUAGAAUUUAAGAAAUGAUUUUUGUUUCGUUUUUACCUUUAUUUUCCUUCCUUUUUUUUUUAGUUUGUUUCAUUUUGUCGUUUUUGUACUACAUGAAGAACUGUUUAUUGCCUGCUGGUACAUUACAUUUCCGGAGGCUAGGUGAAUAAUAAUUUUCCUAACCUCCCUUGGAUGGUGGCCUUAAGGCCAGGUAGUGUUUCAAGAGCUCCACUGGUUGGAUCUCUAGCUACUGGCCUCUAAAUACAACCCUUCUUUACUACAAAAACAAAAAAACACAAAAAAAAACAAAACAAAAAAAAAAAACAAUUUCUUUUUUUUCUCACUUGUGAAGAGCACUACAAAAAAACAAAACAAAAGUAUAUUACAAAAUCUAUAAGGCCUACUGUCAUUUAAGUACACCGCUUGCAGUGUUUCAGUGGACGUAAUUCACAAUUCUGACCGCUUUUGGACUUCACAGUAUCCAGUUAGAACUGUGGAAUAUAUCACUUCUGGCUGCGCAGCAACCAGAGGUAACAAGGCCCUGCUGGUUUCCACCAUUUGUCUGCUUUCACACAUGCAAACACACAAAGGGCUGAGGAGAGGGCAAGGGAGCGUGAGUUGGAUGGCAUGGAGUUUCUACAGGCUGAGGAAGGAGAAUUAUAGAUUCCUCUCCCAGCUUCUUCUCCAUCCCAUGCUCUCUGGUUCACCCUCCCCCACCGCUUUUUCCCCCCCUACCACCACCUUACAGCAGAAACCAAGAAGAUUCCGACGACGAGCAACGGUGGCUUUCUUUUGUAAUUUAUUCAGUGUCUUCGCUGAGCCCAGGGCCUCAGCACAAUCAAGAGGGACUUUCGCGGAAGGCAAAGAGAAACACAGAGGAAAAACAAAGAUAUCAGAGGUUUGCGACCUGCGGAUCUAGGUACAAGAGGAGUAGUUCCCACAAUCUUUGCAAAAAAAAAAAAAAAAAAGUUGCAUCAGGAUUUAUUCUUGUGGAAGAAAGAGGAAUAGAG